AUGGACACACAAGCAGGAAUAUCUCAGAAGGACAUCUAAUGUUAUCCCUGGAUUGUGACAUAAAAGAUAAUGACAGUAGACAGGAUUCUCCAGGAAAUAAUCCCAUUACCCCAAUUAUACAUCCAGCUCUAUCAGCUGAUCCCCCUGAUCCUGGGAAAUGUUCUCCUGAUCACUCUGAUAUUGGAGCAUUUGUUACAGCUCUGACAGUAGAUACAGUGUUUCCCUGUUCUAUAGAUGCCAAAUGUUUUACACAGAACACAAAGCUUAUUACCCAUCAGCCAGCUAAGGCAGCUGAGAGGCAAUUUCCAUGUUCUGAGUGUGGAAAAUGUUUUACAUACAAAUCAGCUCUUGUUAGACAUCAGAGAAGUCACACAGGUGAGAGGCCAUUUCCAUGUUCUGACUGUGGAAAAUGUUUUACUUGGAAAUCAUGUCUUGUUACACAUCAGCAAAGUCACACAGGUGAGAAGCCAUUUCCAUGUUCUGAGUGUGGGAAAUGUUUUGGCCGGAAAUCACAACUUGUUAGACAUCAGAGAACUCACACAGGUGAGAGGCCAUUUCCAUGUUCUGACUGUGGAAAAUGUUUUACUUGGAGAUCAAGUCUUGUUACACAUCAGCAAAGUCACACAGGUGAGAAGCCAUUUCCAUGUUCUGAGUGUGGGAAAUGUUUUGCCCGGAAAUCACAUCUUGUUAUACAUCAGAGAAGUCACACAGGGGAGAAGCCAUUUCCAUGUUCUGAGUGUGGGAAAUGUUUUGCAGGCAAACCAGAGCUUGUUAGACAUCAGAGAAGUCACACAGGUGAGAAGCCAUUUCCAUGUUCUGAGUGUGGGAAAUGUUUUGCAGACAAACCAGAGCUUGUUAGACAUCAGAGAAGUCACACAGGUGAGAAGCCAUUUUCUUGCUCUGAGUGUGAGAAAUGUUUUUCACAGAAAUCACAUCUUGUUGAUCAUCAGCGAAGUCACACAGGUGAGAAGCCAUUUCCAUGUCCUGAGUGUGGGAAAUGUUUUGCAGACAAAUUACAUCUUGUUAGACAUCAGAGAAGUCACACAGGUGAGAAGCCAUUUUCUUGCUCUGAGUGUGGGAAAUGUUUUGCCCAGAAAUCACAACUUGUUAGACAUCAGCUAAGUCACACAGGUGAGAGGCCAUUUCCAUGUUCUGAGUGUGGGAAAUGUUUUGCCCUGAAAUCAGAUCUUGUUAAACAUCAGAGAAGUCACACAGGUGAGAAGCCAUAUUCUUGCUCUGAGUGUGGGAAAUGUUUUACACAGAACUCAUAUCUUGUUAUACAUCACAGAAGUCACACAGGUGAGAAGCCAUUUCCAUGUUCUGAGUGUGGGAAAUGUUUUGCAGACAAAUUACAUCUUGUUAUACAUCAGAGAAGUCACACAGGUGAGAAGCCAUUUUCUUGCUCUGAGUGUGGGAAAUGUUUUGACCGGAAAUCACAACUUGUUAGACAUCAGCUAAGUCACACAGGUGAGAGGCCAUUUCCAUGUUCUGAGUGUGGGAAAUGUUUUGCCCUGAAAUCAGAUCUUGUUAAACAUCAGAGAAGUCACACAGGUGAGAAGCCAUAUUCUUGCUCUGAGUGUGGGAAAUGUUUUACACAGAACUCAUAUCUUGUUAUACAUCACAGAAGUCACACAGGUGAGAAGCCAUUUCCAUGUUCUGAGUGUGGGAAAUGUUUUAGACAGAAAUUACAUCUUGUUACACACCAGAGAAAUCACACAGGUGAAAGGCCACUGAUAUGUUCUGAGUGUGGGAAAUGUUUUACGCACAAAUCACAUUUUGUUAUACAUCAGAGAAAUCACACAGGUGAGAAGCCAUUUUCUUGCUCUGAGUGUGGGAAAUGUUUUGCACGGAAAUCAGAUCUUGUUACACAUCAGAGAAGUCACACAGGUGAGAAGCCAUUUUCUUGCUCUGAGUGUGGGAAAUGUUUUGCACGGAAAUCACAUCUUGUUAUACAUCAGAGAAGUCACACAGGUGAGAAGCCAUUUCCAUGUUCUGAGUGUGGGAAAUGUUUUGCACACAAAUCAGAUCUUCUUAGACAUCAGAGAAAUCACACAGGUGUGAAUCCAUUUUCAUGUUCUAAGUGUGGGAAAUGUUUUGCCCGGAAAUCACAACUUGUUACACAUCAGCGAAGUCACACAGGUGAGAAGACAUUUUCUUGCUCUGAGUGUGGGAAAUGUUCUACGCACAAAUCACAUUUUGUUAGCAGUAGUGGGGGAGACAGGACGAUGGCAGUAGUGGGGGAGAGUCAGGCAGAAUUGCAGUAGUGGGGGGAGAGAGGGUGGUGGCAGUAGUUUAAGGAGAGUUGUGGCAGUAG